UCAAACUCUAUACGUACCCGAGUUGUCGGAGUGUUCGGACGUACAUAAUAGAGAAGGUGUGUAUUUAACGCGUGUAAACCGAUUCAUUACAGUAGAGAAAAAAGAAUAGAGUUAAUAAAGCUAAAAAGAAAUACCGUGCAAUAGUCUUAUAGCUAACAAAUGAAGUGCCGAAAGCGCUGUGAAACGCGCAAAAUUUAUAAUUAAACGCAAUUGGAGAAGCAAAGAAAAAUAUUAGUGUUACAAAAAUAAAUGAAAUAAGCAACAACAGAAUCAAUGCAUGAAAUAUAAGCGAAAAAACACGAAGUGAGUAAAUAAAAUCUAAGAAGCGCAGUGACGAGCGGCUGCCAGUGAAGAGUGCAUUUGAAGGCGAGCAAAAAAUAAAAGUUCAGAAUUUUGUGUUAUGUAUUUUCGAUUAGCGGCGCAACACAAAGGCGACGCGUUGUGUUAAUUAUUUGCAUAGUGUUAUCUCAAAAGCGUGUUGCCGACGACAGUACAACAACAAUAAAUAAAAAAAAUUACAACAAAAAUAUAAUCAAGAAAUUACAACAACAUUCAGAAUAAUUAAAGCGCAUUAAAAAUAAGUUAAAUAUCGCCUGUCAGGCGUUUAUAACACGCAUUAAGCCAUAUUAAGCGCUUUAAAGCCAUACAACAACAACAACAGUAAGCGAGCAAAAAGUCUACAUUUGUUGUUUUUAUUGGACAUACACACACCUACACACUCACACGCGCAAGUAUGGCCCAAGCCGUCGAAAUUGCCGGCAAAUGGAACGCCACAAAGCCAACAACAGCAGCAACAGCAAAUAAAAAACAACAACAACGUCCACUAUUUAUGCUGUUGCAAGUUUGCAUUGCAGUCUUAGUGGCCAGCAGUUGCUUGACAUUGCCAACGUCGGCAAACGCGGAACAUCUUGACGGUCAUUAUUUUCAUGCUCAUCAUGAGCAACAACAACAACAGCAUGCACAUCACAGGCGCCACUUGCAACGCGAUUCGAGCAAAAAUUUUAAACACACGCGAACAGUGCAACAGCGUGCGGGAUUACUUCGAGACGAUCGACAUUAAGCUGAGUGGCAACUUUGAGGAAAAAGGUGCCAUUUGUGGCGGCCACUGCUGUACGAAUGCAACCGAAUUGGAGCUGAGAAAGAAGUCCACCGGCGAAUUCGAACGUCUGUUGCAUCAUCAUACCAAUAGUCUUCGCGGCAUACUCGAAUCCACGGCGAAUCUAUUUCAAAGUGAGUGGAAUCUUAAAUUUUAAUUUAAAACAAACUUUCGAAAUAGAUUUCUUUAACUUUGAUUUGACUGUUGUAAUAUCGAACAAAAUAAUAGUUUUCAAAAUUUCGAUAACAAAAAUAAAUUUUUAAAUAAUAUUCCAAUGAAAUAUAAAGAAAUUUACAAUAUAUAAAAAUAAUUAUUUUUACAAAAGCAUAUUUUAUCUUAUUCGAUUUAA